GACAUUUCAGUGAAACCAGCGAUACACCAAAGGAGAACUCACAUCCCCAAAGAGAUGAGCACAAAUAUGGAUCCGAACUGGAAGCAGAUGGACAACACUUGAAAGAUUGUUCAUUCACAGAAGUAGAUUUGUCUUUUAGUGAGUCAGAGUGCUACAUUUCUGAAGUCUAUGAGACCUCCGAAGCAACAGACAUUGAUGGAACCCAUGAUGACAGAGAAGAUGCGGGAGUUACUGUUUCAGAGGUUGAUUUGAAUGGUGAAGGUAGUGAUUCUGAAACAGAUGCACUGAGAGAAGAAGACGACGAAACACAUAUAGGAAUUGUAUCAGAGGUUGAUGUACAGAAUACUGCAGAUAAUGACAUUGAGAUGGAUACAGUUAGUGAAGAAUGUGACAUUGGAGUAAGGUGCAUGGAUGAUGAUGAUAAAGCUCUCCGAGGUAGAAAACGCACCCGUGUACAUUUUGUUGAUGGCAGUUCUGAUUCAUCUUGUGCAAGUAUUCCUUCAUUGAGUGUUAAGAAAAGAAAAAAAAACAAGUCCAGUCGAGAGUUAGCAUCAAUAUUAAGAAUGAAAUGCUGCAAAAACUAUUGUCUACACAAAGUUUCCAGAAGAGAAGCAGCCGCCUGUAGGAAUAAAUUCCUAGAGAAAGCAAAAUGGGAGCAGAGGAAAUGGAUUUUGGAAUACCUCUUGGAACAUCAUGAAGCAUCUGGGAACCUGAUCUUAAUCAGAUUCAGUAUUGGGGUGACAGAAAUUUGUCAGCGUGGAUGGCGAUUAGCCUUAGGAAUCUCCAGGACAAGGCUUUGGCAGAUAAAUUCCCAUUUCCAAGAUGGACUAAAGGCAUAUCUUCCCCCAAACCAACACAGACGAGGCAUGCAGUCAAGAGCAGUUGCUUCCUCUUUGAUAUGGUUAGACAGAUUCUCCCGCAGAUUCGGAGAUAAACUGCCAGCUCAAGACAAGAUUCACUUGCCGUCUUGCCUGACACGUGCCAGUGUGCAUCAGAUCAUGAAAGAGGAGCUGGAGGACCUUGGAGAAGAAGUUUGCUGUAAAGAACAUUUCUAUCGAAUAUGGAAAAAAGAAAUGUCACAUUUGACUAUCCCAAAGGUGAACAGGUUUUCAAAAUGUGAUAUCUGUACUCAACUUAAGCAAAGCAUCGAAAGAACCAAUGACAAACAAGCGAGGAAAGCCCUCCAGCAACAAAGGGAGGAUCAUCUUACUCAACAAAAAACUGAAAGAAUGAAGUACUACAAACAUGCACAAAAAGCAAGACAACAUCCAGAGAAGUACAUCAGCAUCAUCAUCGAUGGAAUGGACCAGCAAUCCACCAGCAUUCCGAAAUUUUACCGAACAGCCAAAUCAAUUUCAUCAGCAUGGAGACUCCCAUCGCAUGUAACUGGGACAAUAGUUCAUGGGCGGGGACAACACAUGUUUGUCGACAACAAAGAGUAUCCCCACGACUCCAACCUCACUGCGAACAUUCUUCUUCAAGUUUUAAAUAAAUAUGCUAAUUCUCUUCCUGACACACUAUACCUCCAAAUGGAUAACUGCGGGAGGGAGAACAAAAAUCAAUGUCUUCUUGCUUUGUGUGCUCUUCUUGUGGAACUCAACGUGUUCAAAAAGGUCAAAUUGUGCUUCCUAAUGAAAGGGCACACCCACGAGGACAUUGAUCAGCUGUUCAGUAGGAUAUCUACACAUACAUCAAAACAUAACAUUCCCACACUUUCAUCUUUACUACAUCAUAUUCCACUUUCAUACAAGAAGCCAAACACAACAGCAGAAAGGAUACACAUCAUAUAUAACAUUAGGGACUGGCUUGAAACACACAUAAAUAAACCAUCACAUCAUAGCCUGCCACAUCAAUUUAAAAUAACAAAAAUUCAAGGACAUGCCAUCAUAAACACCAAAAAAUGGAGCAGUAGUCCAUUCUGGACAGCAACAACAGGUGCCAGUUAUAUACUGAAAGAGCAUCCCCCUGGAUUGCCAGAAGUUGUUUCAAGGAAAAUUGAAGAACUUCAUCUUGAUCGUCUACGUAGAGACAUGGUGAAGUAUCGUCCCUACCUUAAUGACUCCGAGCAUCAAGAGUGGCUGCAACUGCUUCAUUCUUUUGGUGCAGAAGAUGGCUCACUCCAAACUUGGAUACUGCUAGACAUUUUGAUGUCUAAGGAUGCCAUUGCUGCUGAUGAACAGAAUGCUAUCAAUUCAGACAUCUAUUUAUCCAAUGAUGAGCAGGACCCAAUCCCUCCAGUCAAUCUUGGACGUAAGACUUCACAGAAGAAACAACCUAUGGUUCCUGAUAUUGGGCAGAUGAUGUGCGUCUUCCUUGAAGAAUAUCGCAAUGAAUGGCCGCAAGUUGGCAAAAUAACAGCACUGCAUGAAGAUUCUGCAACUCUGCAUUGGUUUACAGGCACAACAACAUCGAAUUGGACAGCAUUAGAUACACCUAGCAGGGGACUAAAUGGAGGCGGUGAACCAUAUAUUUCCACUGUUUUGAAAUCUUCGUUUAUUACAGGUUCAUUCACCUUAACACCUCAAGGCAAAUUACCACAGGAUAUCCAGCGCCAAUUACGUGAGAAAAGAGAGGAAUUGUACAGUUAGCUAUAUAAAAUCUAUUGUCAUUUCUGGGUCAUUCUCAAGAAAAUGUCACAAAUAACUACUCAAUCACUAAUACAUUUGAGUGAAAAAUGCCAUCUUUUUUAUUAAACCCCACUUAAUGAAAUUUGAAGGGGGUACAGGAAUCAGCAUACUAUCAGAAUGGCUGUUGGUCUGUUGAACUGCAUCCUCAGUUUUUGGCCAAUUAUCAUGGAAUUUGGCUCAUACGUUUCUUUUUUUUGUAAAGAUGCACAAAACAUAAAUAAAGAGGCUUUAAUAGGAGGAAAUUAUAGUUUGUAAACAAAUUUUUGGCAUUACUCCUAUGUGCUUAAGAUCGCAUGCUCGAUCUGUAAUGAAAAUCAUAAGUCAGAAAAAAUUGGAACCAGUGGGAUUCGAACCUGCCAACUACUGCCCGGAAAGCACAAAACACUCGCUUGUGACAGAAAAGUGUUGCCAUGCUAGCAGCAUAUUAUGGCAUUAUUGAAUAAUUAUGUAAACAUCUUGCCAGUGAAGCUAACUAGUCAGUUUUUUAUUUAUGCAUAUUAAAUUAAACACAUUGGCCUUGAGGUAUACAUGUACAUUUGCAAGACAUGUUUUCCCAUGUGUUGGAAGCUGCAUUGCAUUGGUGAUGCGGCAUUACAGCCAUAAAUGUGUAAAAAUCCUGUUGAUUACCCAAGCUCAUGAAAUUUUUUGAGAUAAAGAUGUGUCAGACACAUUUAAGCACAGUUUGGAUAUUGUGUUGCUAUAGCAACAGCAUACUAUGGCUAAACCCCUGGAAAAUGUACUGCAGUUAACUACUUCCUCAUUUUUGUCUCGCCUGCAAAGCAGAUUGAGAACUAAAGGCAUCAUCAAAUCUUAACCAAAGCUUAAGGUUUUGAAUGACAUCAUAACCUAGAAAGUAUAUGGGCCUAGUUAAUGAACCUUGUACAUAAUGGCUAUUAAUUAUUACUGAACAUCCUGUCUGAGUCGAGGUUACACGACCAAGGUCAAAGGUCAUUUAGCGUCAAGGAACAAAAUCUUAACCAAGGUGAAGUUUGUUAAGUAUCUUAACUAUCAAAGUAUAUGGAUUGAGUUCAUGACACUUGGACAUUAGACUAAUCAAGCAUCAGUGAACAUCCUUCAUGAGUGUCAGGUCACAUGACCAAGGUCAAUGGAAUUUGGCCGUGUUAGGGGUAUUUGUUGAGUUGCCAUCAUAACUGAAAGUUUUUGUAUCUAGUUCAUGAAAUGUGGACAUAUGAGUACUGGUAGUCAAGUAUCACUGAAUAUCCUGUGCGAGUUUCAGGUCACAUGAUUAAGGUCAAAUGUCAUUUAGGGUCAAUGAACAUUCAUUAUCAUAUGAAUGGUUUAUUUAUAAAUGAUUACUCUAUUGUCGUUUUCAAAGUCAGCACUGCUGCUUAUUUUUAGGGGCUAAUUUUUUUUUCUCAAAUUGGGACGAUUACAGAAUUUUGGGGGCUAUUUCUUUUAUUUUAAGGGCUACUUUUAGGUGUAACAAGCAAUUAUGCCGGAAAGCAUCAUUAUUCAUUAGUCAGAAUCUUAAAUAUUUUAUGUGACAGAUCUUGGGGCGACUCUACAAAGAAUGGUCGCCCCAAAGCAUGCAUUUUUGGGGAAUUUUAGGGGCUAUUUGGGUUGCCAUGAGGGCAAAAUCGCUCAGCGCCCUCAUGUAUUUCCUAUGCUGGAACAUAGUAUUUUAUCAUCAUAUAAAUGGUUUAUUUGUAAACAAAAAGUCUAUUGUUGUUUUCAAAGUUAGCACUGCUGCUAUAUUGAAUCAUGUAAUGCAAGCGAGGCUGUGUUAACCUUUGGAUAAUAUCCGAAGCUGUGUUUUCAUUUGAUAAAUUUAUCCGAUACUGCAUAACCCUUUGUUUGAUAUUUUCCGAAGCACGUUUCCAUUUCGAUAUCAUCCAAAGCCUGUUUCCACUCAAAUGAUAUUAUCCGAUGCUGUGUUACCCUGUGGAUAAACUCCUAAAAAAAAGUUUGGAAAUUUUGAUCGAUAAUCCCUCCUUGGUUUUAGUGAAUAUUAAUGUGUGAUUGAUACCAAUGAAAAGAUCAUUUAAUUCUCUUUAAAAUGUUACCCUACAUUAUAUGAUUAUCAUUCACAUGGAGGUGCAUUGCCUUGAAAUGUGGGGCAAAGUCCAAAUUCAGAAGUUGCAAAAUGACACAAUAUUGAAAGUCACUGUUCUUUUUUUAGUUAGUUUCUCAGCGGUUUCUUUCGUUUUCAUGCACCUUAACAUCAACAUUAACAUGCACAAGCAAACACAUAACAAACAAACAUGCAUGGGUAUUUCAAACCACGACUCAAACCAUGUUAUCUCUCAGAACCAUCACUACAGAAGCAGAGGCUUGAUUUGAAUGGAUUUUCAUCUCUAUUGACACAGACAAAAGAAUCAUGUUCUGUAUUGACCCUUUAUGACUAUUUCUGCUUGUUUUAUAGCUUUUCAAUUCAGACCUCAUCCACCACUUUUCAAUCCUGGUCUUUUCGUGAUAACAUGAUCAGAACAAGCAUGGUAUCAUUUUAAAGAGAAUUAAAUGAUCUUUUGAAUGGUAUCAAAUAUGCAUUGUGUAAAAUUGGGAAUUGGGAAAAAUUAAUUGUCAAACUCGGAAGCCAAACUUUUUUUGAGGGGCUUAUUAUCCGAUGCUGUGUUUCUCUUCAGAUGAUAUCCGAAGGUGAUUCUAUUUGGAUAAUUUUAUCAGAAUCUGUGUUUCUAUUCAGACAAUUUUAUCCUAAGCUGCAUAAAUUUUAUCAAAUGAUAUUGUUCAGAACCGUGUUUCCAUUCAGAUAAUGUUAUCCGAAGCUGUGUUUCUAUUCGUAUAAUGUUAUUUGAAGCUGUGUUUCUAUUCGGAUAAUAUUAUCCGAAGCUGUUUCUAUUCAGAUAAUGUUAUCCGAAUCAGUGUUUCUAUUCAGAUAAUGUUAUCCAAACCUGUGUUUCUAUUCAGACAAUACUAUCCGAAGUAGUGUAACCAUUCGGAUAAUAUUAUCCAAAGCCAUGUUUUUAUUUGGAUGAUUUUGUCCGAAGCCUGUUCUUUCUAUUCAGAUAAUAUUAUCCGAAGCUGUGUUUCCUUUGGAUAAUGUUAUUCGAAGCUGUGUUUCUAUUGGGAUAAUGUUAUCUGAAGCCUGUGUCUAUUUGGAUAGUGUUAACCAAUACUGUAUCUCUAUUCAGAUUAUAUUAUCUGAAGCUGUGUUUCUAUUCGGAUAAUGUUAUCCGAAGCUGUGAUUCUAUUCGGAUAAUAAUAUCCGAAGCUGUGUUUCUAUUCGGAUAAUAUUAUCCGAAGCUGUGUUUCCAUUGAAUAAUAUCUGAAUCUGUGUUUCUAUUCGGACAAUAUUAUCUGAAGCUGUGUAACCUUUGGAUAAUAUUAUCUGAAUCUGUGUUUCCAUUCGGAUAAUAUUGUCCGAAGCUGUGUUUUUAUUCAGAUAAUAAUAUCCAAAGCCGUGUUCCUAUUCGGAUAAUGUUAUCCGAAGUUGUGUUUCUAUUCGCAUAAUAUUAUCUGAAGCCGUUUUUUUCAUUCAGAAAAUAUUAUCUGAAGCUGUGUUGCCAUUCGGAUAAUGUUAUUCGAAGCUGUGUUUCUAUUCAGAUAAUAUUGUCUGAAGCUGUGUUUAUUCGGAUAGUGUUAUCCGAAGCAGUGUUUCUAUUUGGAUGUUAUUAUCCGAAGCAGUGUUUCCAUUCGGAUAAUGUUAUCUGAAGCUGUGUUCCUAUUCGGAUAAUGUUAUCCGAAGCAGUGUUUCUAUUUGGAUGUUAUUAUUCGAGGCUGUGUUUCCAUUAGGAUAAUGUUAUCCGAAGCAGUGUUUCCAUUCGGAUAAUGUUAUCUGAAGCUGUGUUCCUAUUCAGAUAAUGUUAUCCGAAGCAGUGUUUCUAUUUGGAUGUUAUUAUCCGAAGCUGUGUUUCCAUUCGGAUAAUGUUAUCCAAAGCUGUGUUUCUAUUCAGAUAAUAGUAUCCGUAGUUGUGUUUCUAUUCGGAUAAUAUCUAAAGCUGUGUUUCCAUUCGGAUAAUGUUAUCCAAAGCUGUGUUUCUGUUGGGAUAAUGUUAUCCAAAGCUGUGUUUCUAUUCAGAUAAUAGUAUCCGUGGCUGUUUUUCUAUUCGGAUAAUAUUAUCUGAAGCUGUGUAACCCUUGGAUAAUAUUAUCUGAAUCUGUGUUUCCAUUCGGAUAAUAUUAUCCGAAGCUGUGUUUCUAUUCGGAUAAUAUUGUCCGAAGCUGUGUUUCUAUUCGGAUAAUGUUAUCCAAAGCUGUGUUUCUAUUCAGAUAAUAGUAUCCGUAGCUGUGUUUCUAUUCGGAUAAUAUUAUCUGAAGCUGUGUAACCCUUGGAUAAUAUUAUCUGAAUCUGUGUUUCCAUUCGGAUAUUAUUAUCUGAAGCUGUGUUUCUAUUCGGAUAAUAUUAUCUGAAGCUGUGUAACCCUUGGAUAAUAUUAUCUGAAUCUGUGUUUCCAUUCAGAUAAUAUUAUCCGGAGCUGUGUUUCUAUUCGGAUAAUAUUGUCCGAAGCUGUGUUUCCAUUCGGAUAAUGUUAUCCAAAGCAGUGUUUCCAUUCGGAUAAUGUUAUCUGAAGCUGUGUUCCUAUUCAGAUAAUGUUAUCCGAAGCAGUGUUUCUAUUUGGAUGUUAUUAUCCGAAGCUGGGUUUCCAUUCGGAUAAUGUUAUCCAAAGCUGUGUUUCUAUUCAGAUAAUAGUAUCCGUAGUUGUGUUUCUAUUCGGAUAAUAUCUAAAGCUGUGUUUCCAUUCGGAUAAUGUUAUCCAAAGCUGUGUUUCUGUUGGGAUAAUGUUAUCCAAAGCUGUGUUUCUAUUCAGAUAAUAGUAUCCGUGGCUGUUUUUCUAUUCGGAUAAUAUUAUCUGAAGCUGUGUAACCCUUGGAUAAUAUUAUCUGAAUCUGUGUUUCCAUUCGGAUAAUAUUAUCUGAAGCUGUGUAACCCUUGGACAAUAUUAUCUGAAUCUGUGUUUCCAUUCGGAUAAUAUUAUCCGAAGCUGUGUUUCUAUUCGGAUAAUAUUGUCCGAAGCUGUGUUUCUAUUCGGAUAAUGUUAUCCAAAGCUGUGUUUCUAUUCAGAUAAUAGUAUCCGUAGCUGUGUUUCUAUUCGGAUAAUAUUAUCUGAAGCUGUGUAACCCUUGGAUAAUAUUAUCUGAAGCUGUGUUUCUAUUCGGAUAAUAUUAUCUGAAGCUGUGUAACCCUUGGAUAAUAUUAUCUGAAUCUGUGUUUCCAUUCGGAUAAUAUUAUCUGAAUCUGUGUUUCCAUUCGGAUAAUAUUAUCCGAAGCUGUGUUUCUAUUCGGAUGAUAUUGUCCGAAGCUGUGUUUCUAUUCGGAUAAUGUUAUCCAAAGCUGUGUUUCUAUUCAGAUAAUAGUAUCCGUAGCUGUGUUUCUAUUCGGAUAAUAUUAUCCGAAGCUGUGUUUCCAUUGAAUAAUAUCUGAAUCUGUGUUUCUAUUCGGACAAUAUUAUCUGAAGCUGUGUAACCCUUGGACAAUAUUAUCUGAAUCUGUGUUUCCAUUCGGAUAAUAUUAUCCGAAGCUGUGUUUCUAUUCGGAUAAUAUUGUCCGAAGCUGUGUUUCUAUUCGGAUAAUGUUAUCCAAAGCUGUGUUUCUAUUCAGAUAAUAGUAUCCGUAGCUGUGUUUCUAUUCGGAUAAUAUUAUCUGAAGCUGUGUAACCCUUGGAUAAUAUUAUCUGAAGCUGUGUUUCUAUUCGGAUAAUAUUAUCUGAAGCUGUGUAACCCUUGGAUAAUAUUAUCUGAAUCUGUGUUUCCAUUCGGAUAAUAUUAUCUGAAGCUGUGUAACCCUUGGAUAAUAUUAUCUGAAUCUGUGUUUCCAUUCGGAUAAUAUUAUCUGAAUCUGUGUUUCCAUUCGGAUAAUAUUAUCCGAAGCUGUGUUUCUAUUCGGAUAAUAUUGUCCGAAGCUGUGUUUCUAUUCGGAUAAUAUUGUCCGAAGGUGUGUUUCUAUUCAGAUAAUUAUAUGCGAAGCAGUGUUCCUAUUUGGAUAUUAUUAUCUGAAGCUGUGUUUCUAUUUGGAUAAUUUUAUCCGGAGCUAUAUGUUCCUAUUCAGAUGUUUUUCAAAGCUGUGUUUUUAUUAGGAUAAUAUUGUCCAAUUUAAGCUGUGUUACCAUUCAGAUAAUAUUGUCCGAAGCUGUGUUUUAUCUUUAGAUAAUAUCAUCCGAAUGAAAAUACUUUUAUGAUAUUAUUCAAAGGUCAACCACUUUGUAUUAUGUGUCAGUUUUUGUUUUACAUUGUGAUGUUCUGCAUAAUGUUAUUAAAUAGUCCCUUACCUUCU